UUGAUCGGGGUUGGGUCGAAAAGACUACAAAUGUACUGCUGCUUCCUACCUCCUUCGGUCUUUCUUUCGUAGAAAACACUGCAAAAGUGAUAGAAUAGAAAAACUAAAAAAUAGCAAAAAGUAAAAAAUAAAAUUCUUAUUUCUUCUCGAAAGUGCGAUCCUCGUUCAUCUUCUUCGAACCGGCGCCGUCAGUUCUUGGAAGAGCAAAUAAUGGACUUAACAUCCUCAUCUUCUUCACCUCCCCAAAAUUCCAGCAAAGAUUUUGUCAAUAUGAUUAAUCACCAUCAAAAUGAAGAUAUUCGCAAUCAAGGCUCUGGGUUUAGUUCUGGUAAUAACGGGAUUAAUAACAAAGAAGAGAUCCUUCCCAGCUAUGAUUUCCAGCCACUCCGACCUGUUUCAGCUAGCCUUGAUGCCCUGGGAGUUAAUAAUAAUUCCAGGUCUUGCAGUUCAAUUGAUGCUAAAAUUAAGAAGUAUGGUUCUCUUGACUCUAUUGAACCUGUAAAAGACAUUUUAGAAAAGGACCAAAAAGGCUUUGACACAUCUUUAGUGGCUGCAAUUGAUCGAACCAUGAAGAAACAUACUGAUAAUUUGAUGCACAUGUUAGAAGGUGUUGGUGACCGACUUACACAGCUGGAGAGUAGAACCAGUAACCUUGAGACUUCUGUGGAUGAUUUAAAGAUGUCUGUAGGAAACAAUCAUGGAAGCAUUGAUGGGAAAAUGAGACAGCUGGAGAACAUUUUAAAAGAGGUGCAAACAGAGGUGCAUGUUGUAAAAGAAAAGCAGGAGAGUGUUGAAGCUCUUUUACAGCAUGCAAAGCUGCAGGAGACCAAGAUGGACCAGCCAUCAGAAACUCAUAACACUGCACAUAUAGGUUCCAUGCAACAAGCUGCAUCUGCUCCUUUUCAAUCUCAUCAACAGCUUCCAUUGGCUGCCUCUUUUCCGCAAUCGCUUUCUUCCGUUCCUCCUCCUCCGCCUCCUACUGUUCCUCCUCCAGCUCUUCCCCAGCAAAAUUUGCCACCUCCAGUCCAGCAUCCAGACCAAUUCCGUCAGAGCCAAGUUCCUUCUGUCCCUCAACGAGAUGCUUACUAUACUCCCCCUGCCCAAACUCAGGAGAUUCCAAGUCAGCAAUUCUCGAUGCCUCCUACUCAGCAAGUUCCUUCUGUCCCUCAGCGAGAUGCUUACUAUCCACCGCCUGGCCAAACUCAGGAGGCUCCAAGUCAACACUUCCCAAUGCCUCCUACACAGCAGCAACAUCCCCCUCCUGCAGCACCGACUCAUCAGCCAUAUCAACCGGCCCCUCCACUGCAGUACUCUCAACCACCACAGCCCCUUCAAGGCCAACCUUCCAUGGGCCACCAUCCUGAUGAGGCAGCUUAUGUUCCUUCUCAGACCUAUCCACCAAACCUGCGCCAGCCACCCUCUCAGCAACCCAGUGGCCCUCCUUCCUCCCAACAGUAUUUUGGGACUCCACCUCAAAUGCAUGAGCCACCAUCUAGAAGGCCUGGUCCAGGAUUUUCUACUGGAUAUGUCCCACAAUCUGGGCCUAGUGAACAAUAUGCUUAUGGUGGAUCACCUCCACAGUAUGGCAGUGCCUCCCCAAUGAAAUUGCAGCAGCUCCCCUCUUCUACUGGAAGUGGUUAUCCGCAGCUUCCGACAGCUAGGGUACUACCACAUGCAUUACCUACUGUAUCCGGGGGUGGUGGUGAAUCAGCUCCGUCUGGACCUGGAAACAGGGUUCCCAUUGAUGAUGUGGUGGACAAGGUAACUGGCAUGGGAUUUCCUAGAGACCAUGUUAGAGCAACAGUUAGAAAGUUGACGGAGAAUGGCCAGUCGGUUGACCUCAAUGUGGUGUUGGAUAAGCUAAUGAAUGAUAGUGAUAUACAGCCACCGAGAGCUUGGUUUGGCAGGUAAACCUGUGGUAUCUUUAAUUCAGUCAUGUAUAGAAUUUAUCACUUGAUUCUCAUUGUACUUGUUUGGAGCUCAAGGGCCUAUUUCACUCCCUCUUAAUUGCUUUUAGGUUUUCCACUUACCCCUCUUUUUCACCUUUCUUGUUUGACUGUCGAGGUUUUCUUUUUAAAUAACAUUUGUGUAUACUUCAAUAAUUUGAAUUGAAUUGUGAACUUUUCAUUUUGUUAACAA